UGAAAUUUCUUCAUGUAUCGAAAAGAUGGGAGGUCAUGCAGUGGUCAAAGCUCCCUAUGGUAGUUGCGGGCAGGGUGUUUACACAAUCACUAAUUUGGAAGAAUUGAAGGAAUUCUUUGAUGCUAAUCAACAUUAUGAAAAAUUUAUUGUACAAUCUCUUGUUGAAAAUGCGUUAUGGUCUACAAAAUUAUAUCCUGGAAAAUUUUACCAUAUCGGCACUGUGCCAGAUCAUUAUAACCGAAAUUUUGUUAAUGACUUGAGAAUAAUGGUAUCUGCCGAUGAGACUGGAUUUCACCCUGUAGUUAUUGUUUCACGACGUGCUCAAAAGCCACUCCCUACUUACCUACCGAAUGAUUCUAAUCUGAACUCAUGGGAGAUCUUUGGAACAAACGUAUCCGUUAAAUUAGGUUCUGGGUGGAUAUCAGAAUUUGAAAGGGUAAUUACGAUUGACCAGAACGAGUUUGAUAUUAUUGGAUUGGGUAUUGACGAUUUAAUUGACGCAUAUGUGCAAACUGUAUUAAGUACUAUUGCUAUUGAUAAAAU